ACCCUCCACCCUCCUCUGCUUCCGUCAACCGUUUCAGGCUCCGCUUCGUCGAAUAGACUAUAAAGUGCCUUUGGCCACUCUCCUCCCCCUUGUUCGGUUUCCCGUACCUCCCUCUGCUUCAAAGCUCAGUACACUAUGCAUAUCUCGUUCAAUCCGCCCCUUGGCGAGGCGACAUCCCUUAUCACUGCCCUUUGUCCUGAUGACCAGCUCGCACCCACCGAGGAACUACUCUUCAGAGCGUCAUUCGAAUCGCAAACGUCGUAUGAGCAGGCGCAAAAGGAUGGUGUCCGAGUCGAGAUAUGGACGGACCUGCCAGUGCAGGGAUGUGCGGCAGAAGAGUGGAAUGCGAUCGUUUUCAAAACACUGCAAGACUUCAAGUCGGAUGUUGAUGAUAAUGGGCAAAAAACGUUUACAUUGUUCCCAGAUGUGGAACAAGAUGCCUCAGUUGGCAAGAAGCAGGAGAAUUCCAUGUAUGCCAAGGUGCCCGUCCAACUGCAAGGUUAUUCCUCUGGCCACCACUUCUCCUUCACAUACCGGAUGGUAUACCCAUCUGGAGAUGUGCAGUGGCUGGGAGAAUAUGGCAGGAACGGUGCUCUCGUUGUGGAGCACAAGUCGACGAUGGCUACUCUGGGUGUCAAUUUGUCCGAGGAAUGGGUGAAUGAUCCCGCCGGAAAGGCCGAGUUGACCGGUAGAAACGGCGAGGAGGAAGUGGUGGGCACCUUGAAUCAGAGCCUGGAAUGGUCCAGCUGGGCUAUUAGGGAUGACAGUUUGCCCAUCUUCUCAACUUCAGUCGAGACGCCGCUGUCCCACCUGAUUGUCCUCGUCCCUUCGAUGCGCUCUCAUACGUUGGUCAUUCCUCGAACGAUCGCUCUAUAUGCUACAGGUGGUGCUUCCGUCCGCGUAUCCGCUCAGGGCGAGAUAAGGUACACUUCAAAAUUCGAUGACGGUCAUGCGUCGGUCGCUCCCGUCGACGCUGUGUCUCCUUCCAGUCUCGAAGAAUGCCAUCUCACAUGCUACACGAUCUCCCAGCAGGGCGUACAAUCUCCAUGCGCCGUCUUUAUGUCGACACGCUUUUUCCCUUCCUCUCUUCUAGUCAUUCCUUCCCAGCCUCUAUUUGGGCACCAUCCAAUAGAAAUGAAGACGGAAGACUUGCUGUCUCACAUGCCCGGUGUCACUACAGAAUCGUUGAUAAUGUCCUUGCCUUCGUCGCAUAGCUUCUGCGCGCUCUCGCAGAACGAGACAGUUGUUCUCCAUUCCAGCCCCUACGGUGGUACUGCAAACAUUUCUCCUACAUACAUUGUGAUGACGGAUGGGACUGCGAGUUCUUCUUGGAAGAUCUGCCUUCUCGAUUCAUACGAAAACGCCAUGGUCAACGAGGCGACUGAACUUAAUGACGGGCAGCGUUUGCUGCCGACCCCUCCACCGUCCCCCCCUAUGGCACCUCGCCCACUCCAGCGACCGCCAGCCCUCCCGAUUUCCUCACCUUCUGAUGCUUCAGAAACUACGGUCGAUUCAUCUGCACCUACGUCAUUGCCCACUCCCAUCUCUCCGUCAUCUUCUACUCAUGAUGAGUCUCCUACGCCCAGCCCGCCAACCGCCCCCCAGACAAGCUCGAGGGACUCAGAUGCACUGGCCCUGGUCCGGAGCCCUCAUUCACUGGAAAUCUAUAUGCGCAGUUGCCUGUUGAUGUUCGCGUGGCUGUGGCGUUCUGUUUUCCAGAGAUUAGCAUUCGUUUGGUUGGGCGCAGUCGGAACUCGGACGUCGAAUUUCGGGAAUGGGGCCCAUAUUCAUAUGCAGCCCAAAUCUGACGAGCCGGAACGUGACCGGGCAGACGACAAUGGUGAACCUGCUGCUGAACCAGGCUCCAAAGGCUCUGGAGUGUCCGUCGACGGUGCCGAUGUUCGUGGCGAUACUUCUACAGACGAUACCUCAACGGCCGCAGACGCGUCCAUGGAGAUGUCGAGUCAGCAACCUUCGCUCAUCUCUGGUUUCAAGCGGCAAGUCGUUCUCGAAUCCGAGUUUAAGCAGCCUGGUGCCGAGCAGACGAAGCCCGAAGUUGAGCAGGCGAAGUUUGUAGCCGAGCAGACCGUGCCCAUGGCGGAGCAGCUCAAACGCCUGCCGCAAGCACUGUCGGCUGACAUACAUGCACGUUCGGGCAAGUUCGCUCUCCUUGUGCAGGUCCCCUCUGGCUUCGUUGUGUCGCCUACAACAAUCAGGUUCACACUGAACGGCAAUCCCAUAACAGAUCCGGAGAUCGUUGCCACUAAAGACGAGGGCUAUUCCCUCGUUCGUCUUGCCAUGCCAUCUGGCCUUGAGAGUGGAAAACUGCACAUAAUUUUCAACGCCUAG